GAAUUAUCUGUCCAAUUUUAUUAUUGCUCUUGCCCAUAUCGAUCGAUAAGGUGUAAAUAUAUCUAGGACUGAGAUAUAAAUAUAGUCAAGAUGUCGACACAAAGGCACCGAUCUUCUGGGAUCAGCGGAGAUAGCCGUUCGGAUGGUAUGUCCCACAGCCUUAGUGAAUCCGAUGACGAACUUGAGUCCGGCAACGAAGUAAAACCGGCAUCAGAUGUUACCAUCUUUAACUCCUAUAACAUGGGACCAGCUUUCGGCAAGAAGUUCCCAUUGCCGCAUAUUCGUAUCAUAAUUUCAGCAGUAAUGAGUGAGAAACUGAGAAAUAAGAACUAUAAUCAGUCGGAAGCCUUGAAAUGGGCUCGCGAUGUCGCCGACGAGAUCAACAUCAGAAUGAAAGGCCGCGCAAGAUGUCCUAGAUACAAGCAUGUGGUUAAUGUAAUGCUAUAUCCACAGACAGGAGCAGGAUGCUUCUACGGAGCCCGAGCCAUUUGGGAUGAGCUGUCCGAUGAUUAUGUGACCCAUAUCCACGAUGGUGGCAGUUUCAUAUGUAUAGCUGCCGUUUUUGGUUUAUAUCAGUAUUAAGUUCAAGUUUAUGUAUGGACUAGAAAAAACAAGAAAAUUGUACAGUAUUAUAAAGCAGAAUAAAAAAUUCUCACAAACUUUCAAGGUCAA